AUGAGAUGGAUAAAAGCGAUAAAAGUGGGCAGUCUUCCAGAUGGCUGAUAACGUUUCGAAAUCCGAAGGAAGUCUUUGACGACCACACUUCUUACCUUGCAGUGGAAAUAUUGUUUUAUGUUUGCUUUCUGCUAACCCUUAAGCAUGUCCUUAGAUACAGAGGAAGAUAUCUGUACCUGUGGAUAGCUGCGUUGAUUCACGGUCUUGCCAUAGAAUGCAUGAGCUACAUCAUUCCAGAUGUCGACAACUUUUGGCACGCACAGUCCACGAUAAUGCUGUUCGGACAAAGGCUGCCGUUGCAUAUUGUCUGUUUCUAUCCAGUGUUGAUUUACACUGCGUCCGUGGCUGUAUCGCGCCUGAAACUUCCACUAUGGUCUGAAAUUUUCGCAGUAGGUAUAGCCACUGUGGUGCUCGACUUUCCCUGGGAUGUCCUGGGGAUUAAACUGCUGUGGUGGAGCUUCCACGACACAGAUCCUAACAUCAACGAACGAUUCUACUGGGUUCCAUGGACAAGUUUCUUCUUUUUCGGGGCUACCACAUCCAGCCUCACGUUUUGUCUACAUUUCUUCAGAAGAUUAGCCACUGGGAACAAAAAGUACGAAGCCUCUGGAUGUUUCACAGAAUUUGGAUGCUCAUUGGCAUCUGGUCUCUUGGCCAUUCCUCUAGCCAUCUUGCAGUUCGUUCUGUUCUAUCACAUCCCACACGAUAUUUAUAGAGUGCCCACCAACGUAUGCGUCGUCAUCUUACUUGACUCUAUUCUGUCUUCUUGGCUGGACUGGGGAUUAGUGGGAAACCUUGGAAAGAAAUCCGAUGAGCUUUUGCUAUUAGUCCUGCUGUAUUUCACAUUUUUCAUCGUUACAGUUUUUCUCGCAAAACCAGAGGAGAUAUUUUCCGUGGGGUUACAUCAACCGAUUGGAAAUUGUGACGAGAAAGUUGCAGUUCACACACCUAUUGGAAAAGUUUUGAGCAAAAACAAAUACUUGUGCCCUUCAAGAUAUGAUGGAGGAUACUUUGACUUCCACUGUGCUAUGCAACCAACAGAAAAUUGGAAACACAAGGAAUGGUACAUAAUUUGUGGAACUGCAUUUGAGAACCGGAAUGAAUACAUCGCUAUUAUCACAAGUUCUUCCAUAUUUGGGAUUUUCUUUUUCUAUCAACUGCUUAUUAACAGUGGCAGGGAUGCCUUAGCAGGAGUUUCAAAUCUGGUAGAAAAAUUUAAACUGAGAUGAGAAUGUGAUGUAUCAGAAGCUAAAUAAAAUGUUCAUUUUGUUUAAAAUAGUGUUGUGAAUAUUUUAUUGCAUUGCAC